GUGCCCAAGAGCCCCAAACCACCACCCACUGAGGGUGUGAAGUCCAACCCCUCCAAGCGGCAUCGAGACCGGCUCAACCAGGAGCUGAGUAAGCUGACAGGGUUGUUGCCUUUCCCUGAGGAUGUACGCACCAGGCUGGACAAACUCUCCAUCCUACGGCUGGCUGUUGGAUACCUGAAGAUGAAGAGCUACCUGAUGGCUACAGCUCCAAAGGUUGGGGACUGCGUGCUGGAUCAGCCCAGAGGCCCAGGAGGGAGCAGACGAAUGGACCCACAGGUCAACAGGGAGCUGUUUCCUGAGGGGGAAUUGCUACUCCAGGCACUCAAUGGAUUUGUCAUCGCUGUGACUGGAGAUGGCUACAUCUUCUACAUCUCUCCUACUGUGCAGGAUUACCUGGGCUUCCAUCAGUCGGAUCUCAUCUACCAGAGUGUGUACGAGCUGAUCCACGCAGAUGACAGAGCCACCUUCCGCUGCCAGCUGCACAGGACCCCGGCGCCCAGCAGCACCCAGCACACUGCCGACGCCUUUCCCACUGACCAGUUGCUGCUGGCUGGAUGCAGCACCAUGUCUAGCCUCCAGGAUCUCCAUCCUGAUAAACAAUCCUUUGUGGAAAGGAGCUUCACCUGCCGCUUCCGCUGCUUGCUGGAUAACUCCUCGGGAUUUCUGGCCUUGAAUUUCCGUGGACGCCUGAAAUUCCUUCUUGGACAGCAGCAUUCAGCAUCAGACAAAUCCCCAGUUGUUCUCUUCGCCAUUGCUACGCUCCUCCAGCCUCUCUCCAUCCUGGAGCUUCGGACCAAGACGCUGAUCUUUCAGACAAAACACAAGCUAGACUUCACUCCCAUGGCCUGUGAUUCCCGGGGGAAGGUUGUCCUGGGGUACACAGAAACGGAGCUGUGCAGGAGGGGGUCCGGGUACCAGUUUGUGCACGUGGCUGACAUGAUGCACUGCGCAGAGAACCAUGUGAGAAUGAUGAAGACAGGGGAGAGCGGGCUGACAGUUUUCCGGCUGCUGACCAAGAAGGGUGGAUGGGUGUGGGUGCAGGCCAAUGCGCGGCUGGUGUACAAAGGAGGCAAACCCGACUGCAUCAUUGCCCGGCAGCGAGCCCUGUCGAAUGAAGAAGGGGAGGAACAUCUGCAGAAGAGAAACCUGCAGCUGCCUUUUAGCUUUGCCACGGGGGAGGCAGUCUUGUAUGGGAAUGACCUUCCCAUGUUCCUGCACUCCUUCCAGCCCAAGGAGGAGUUGCAGACACAAGCAAAAUCCCACUCAAAGCAAUGCUUGGUAGACCCUAGCUCUCUCCUUGGGGCCAUGAUGAAGCAGGAUGCAUCCAUAUACAGCUCCCAUGCUGAUAGCCUGCCUCAGUUCUCCCUGCCAGAUCUCAUUGCUGAGCCCGAUGGACUGAGACGGAAUGAGGACGUCAGUCAUGCCAAGGAGGAAAAUGACUCCCUCCUGGUGGUUAUCGAAACCCUUUUUGAGAAGAGUGAGGUGGACAGAAACACCUGCCAGAGUCUCAGCAUGGACAACACAGAGCUGCAGCAGUGGGAGGAGGCUCUGUUCAGCUUGGGGGCGGAAGAGGAGCCGCCAGCUCAGCAGGUUGGCAAGAGGCCAGGCACCAAGGUGACAUCCUAUGUGGAGCAGAUGCUCCUCAGGGAGGAUGCUGGGAAGAGCAUGGACUUUCCACACUGCAGUGCAUCACCCUAUAAUGAGGAAAACAGCAUUGUAGCUCAUUUCCAGCACUGCUGGGCAGCUAAUUCAGCAUUUCAAGCCCCACUGCAGCCCCAGGCAUCAGGUACACAAGGCCAGGAUGCUGUCGUCUCGCCAAUCUCCGUCACCUCUGAGGUCAGCUCUGCUCAAGCACAACAGCAGGUCCCAUUUGACCCAGCUGGGCUGGUGGGAGGGGCUGGGCUGGGUGUCCCAGUCUCCAGCAGCAAAUGCUCUGUAGCACUUCAGCUGGCAAACCAAGUGCUUCAGGCAGAAGUCACCAGCUCUGCUCCAGAAGAUAACACUCUCCCUACUGCUCAGAGCCAGCCUGGGUGCCAGCUGGUGAGCUCAAGCUGCCCACCUCCAGUGCACUCAGACACACUAGUAACUCAGUGGCACGUCCCACUCCAGACAAACUCAGCCAAUGCUUUGGGUCAGAGUGCUCCUCCUGGAUGUUGCCCCUCGGAGGCCUGGAUGGCCAUAGCUCCUAAACAGCUGGAAGCAGCAGAAACACACAUAGAAUUCCAAACUGGGCUGGCUGGCAGCUCCAAAAGCCCCCCAGGGGCCAGGCUGUGGUUGCCGCCCCCCUCUCAACCUGCUCCUUGCCCUGCCCAAGGCUUGCAUGAGUUCUUGUUCUCAGGGGAUGGGGACCUCCAUGGUGAGGAAGCUGCUCUCCCUGCACAAGCAUCAGCACCCUUAGGAGCCAGCCAGCUGCCAGUGGAUGGUGGCUUCCCCAAACAGCCCCUGAUAGCCCACCUAGAGCCCUUUUCCUGGGAAAGGGAGCAGACAGUGCUCCGAGAGGACAAGUGGUUCUUGCAGCACCAGCUGUGGCUCCCACAGGCUGGGGCAUCUCCUCAGAGAAGCGAUGGGGCAGGUCCAGUGCAGCACAGUAGGCUCCUGCUGGAGUCCAGUGCAGGUCCCAGCACCCACAGGAUGGACCAUGUUGUGCUGCCAGAGUGCCAGUAUGGAAAUAGCUUUCUAAGACAUGAGAACAAGUUCCUUAGGGAUGCCCAAAGUAUCUCUUCCCCAGCAGCUGGGCACUUUGCCUUGUCCCAGCGAGAACCACCCUGA